UCCACAGAUACAAAAAUCCUCGUACUAACCUUUUCCAUGGCAACUUCAAUGCAAGAUUCGUCGAGGUUGAGUAUUCCUAACCUUCCACCAGAACUCAUAAAUGAAAUCCUCUUACGGUUACCAGUGAAAUCCCUCCUUCGACUCACGUGUGUUUCAAAAUCUUGGCUUGCAUUAAUCUCUAACCAUGCAUUUAUCAAAACCCAUCUUAGAUUAUCAGCUAAUAACGAGAACAACAGCCACCAUAAGCUUAUGUUGAGAUAUAACCAGCCUAAGUACCCUCUUAAGGGUUGUUCUUUUAGGUCUUUAAUUUAUGAGUCUGUUACCGAGGCAUCUGACUUGGAUUGUCUGGUGAAAAACGGCCACAGUUUACGGAUUGUGGGUUCCGUUAAUGGAUUGGUUUUUCUUUCCAGUGGAGCAAAGGAAUUGCUUCUAUGGAACCCAGCAAUUAGAAAGUACAAGAAAUUUCCUGAUUAUAAACCUAGGUUGAAGAGUACUAUUAGAUGUGUCACAUAUGGUUUUGGAUAUGAUGAGUUCCGUGAUGAUUAUAAGGUGGUAGGUAUAUUUCGUCUUUACGAAUAUGACAGUUUGGAUCACGUCGAGGUCGGAAUAUAUAGUCUAAGCAGUGAUUCUUGGAGAAGUAAGGAUGCUUUUCCGGGUAAGAUGCGAUUUGUUUAUCCAAGUAAGUUGUUAUAUGGAAAGGUUCAUUGGGCUACGACUGCAGGUAUCAUUUCGAUUGAUAUGGCUGAUGAGAAAUGGGGAAAGAUAGAGCAACCUUCUUGUGUAGAACGAGGUUUUACUUUUAAGAUAGGAGUGUUGGGAAAUGAUCUUUCUGUACUCUGUUAUGAUCAUACUUGCGCAAAUGUGUGGGUUAUGGAGGAGUAUGGGGUUAAAGAGUCUUGGACAAGAAUGUAUACUAUCAAAUUUCGUUUUGAUAUUGAGAGGUAUGGGCUUGUACGAUCCUUUUUCAUGUCAAAUAAAGGUGAAAUUCUGCUUGUGUUUGGAUCAACUUUGAUGAUAUAUGAUCCAAAGGGUGACUCAAUAAAAUAUGCAAAGGUUACUAACUUUGGUUCCUGUAAUGGGAGUGAAAUCUACCUUGAAAGCCUUGUAUGUCCCAUGUCAAAGAAAGAAUAAAACCAACCAAGUAUACAAUAGGAAUGCAGGCUGCAAAAAGCUCAGAUGAAUGAUGAUUGCGUAACUAAUGACUUAUUAGAUUCCGCUUUAUACAUUUUUCGUAA